UGUUAUUGAAAUGGGGAUGCCCCGGUUCGUAAAGAAUUUAGAUUUUGAAAAAAAACGUUAAGAUAACUAAAAAAAUACAAAUUACAGCAGGUAUAUGAUGAUUUCAACCCAAUAUGGAGUCACCACAUAAAGAAACAUGCCCGUCACCUCAAGAUAUCGCAAAAAGUGCAAAAACCGCAUGUUCAAAUAAACAAUUUGAGCUAGCGGAUCAGUUAUACACCGAAGCGAUAAGUCAUCAACCAAAUAAUGCAAUCUUAUAUUGCAAUCGUUCUGUUGUGAAAAUCCACCUUAAGAAAUAUGAAGACGCGCUACAAGAUGCAAAUACUUCAAUUAGGUUAAACCGUAUGCAUGCAAAGGGUUACUUUCACGGAGGUGUGGCUCUCAAACAUCUUGGUCAUACUUACUCAGCUCUUGUGAUGUACAGCAAUGGGAUGGUGCUGGAUUCAAAGAAUCGAAAAUUUCUCAAAGAAAUAAUUGAGACUUCAAUGUUACCACCUCUUAAUUCUUAUCUUUCACCUGUGAUGACUCAAUUAAAAGAAAUGAAUUUAAACCACAAUCCAUUUGUGAUAAUAUCAGUGGUUGGACAAGCUUUGUUGGCUCAAAAAGAAACACAGAGAGCAGUAGAAGUAUUGGAAUGUGCUGUAGCAGUUGGAACUUGUAGUUUGAAACUGAAAGGUUCUGUUUAUUCUACGUUAAGUAAUGCUUUGUGGACGCUUGGCCACUUCAGCAGGGCCAUACAUUACAUGACUGAGGAUUUAAAGGUGGCUGAGUUAUUAAUGGAUGCACAUGGAGAAUGCAGGUCAUUGGAAAAUCUUGGCUUUGCGUUUUAUACACAACGUCGAUAUCAAGAAGCAUUUGAAGUUUACACAAAACAACUUGGAAUUGCAAAGAUUUUAAAAAACAAAAUACAAAUCUUAUCAGCUUGCAACGGUCUUGAGAGAAUAUAUGCUGGACUGAGCAGCCAGGGACCUAAUUCGCCCAAAUCAAGCCACACCAAUGUCUCAUUGCCACUGAGGAAAAGUGAUAAUGGUUUCUUAUUUAAUGAAGUACCUGAAGAAAAUAAUGAGCAAGACACUUUAUCGUUGGCGCAGUAUCAAGAAAAACUUGAAAUUUUGUUAAAAUCACCUGGUGCUGAUAAGUAUGAAGAGGCACAGCUGUAUUGUGAUAUUGCAAGAGCUUAUAAAAAUGUUAAAAGGUAUGAUAAACAAAUUGAAAGUUUGAAAAAAUCCGCAAUAAUAAGCAGGGAGUUGUUUGAUGUCAACUCUGAAUCAAGGACACUCAUGUGUUUGGCUCAUGCAGCAAAAUGUGCAGAUGACACUUCAGUUUCCAAGGAAGCAUAUGAAAGAAUGCUUGAGAUAUCACAUGAAACAAAAGAUAUUUUACUUCAAGGAUUCGCAUCCAGUCAUCUAGGUGUCUUGCAUCACCAGUUGGAAAACUAUGAAGUUGCCAUCAAAUACCACCACAAGUAUUUACAAAUUGCAACCAAUGUACAAGAUAUCUCUAGCCAAGGUCACGCCCAUGGAAACUUAGGAAACUCUUAUAAUGCUCUAGGCUUCUAUGAGAAGGCAGCCCACCACCAACUAAAGCAUGUUGAAAUAUCACACAAAAUACUUGAUGAACAAGUUGAAUGUUCAGCUCAUGGUAAUUUGGCUGUGGCAUAUCAAGCUUUAAAACAAACUGAUAAAGCAUUAGAGCAUUUCAGGCUCCAACUAGAGUUAUCAAGGCGAAUCAAGAGUUGUGUGAACGAAUCUGUUGCUCUGAUGAAUCUUGCCAACUGUUUCUGCACAACUGCUAUGUUUAGUGAGGCUGUGGAAAUGUACAAAGGUUAUCUACAACUGUCAGUACGCGUACCUGAUAAACAUGGGGAAGGUAGGGCACUUUAUAACCUCGGUUAUGCAUACUUUUCGCUGGGAGACCAUGCUUCUGCUGUGGAUUGUUACAAUGAAUGUAUUUCCGUUGCAUCACAAUGCAAUGAUGAUGUCACAAUGGCAAGAGCAUUUUGUAAUCUCGGGUUGGCAAAAAAGGACUUAGGAGAUUUGGAUGCAGCGCUGGAGUUUCAGAAAAAGUUUCUCGAGACUUCGCUUGAAAUACGGAGUGCAAGGGGUGUGUUUAAAGCGCUUGGUAAUAUUGGGGAUCUUUAUUUUGAAAGAAAAGAAUUAGAUGAUGCUGUCAAGUUUUACCAGCAACAGUUAGAAACUGCACAAGAGAAUAAAAACCCAGUGUUGACCGCGCAAGCAUGUGCAUCGCUUGCGAUUGCUCUGCGCUUAAUGGGAGAGAAAGAAAAAGCGGUGGAGAUUCAUAAAAAAGAGAUUGGUUUGUAUUCCAGUGUGAUCAAAGAUUCUAAAAAUGAGGAAGAAGCAAGAAAAAGGUUGAAUGUGACUCUCGCUGAAACUUUACAGAUUUGUGAUGAAGCUAAAAGUGGUGUGAAUAAGGAAGUUGCUAAGUCUGAAGCUGAAUGGGUGGCAGAAGCUCAAGCGUGGAGGAACCUUGGGAUCACAUACACCAACAUGAAUAAGAUGGAGCAAGCAUUAGAAUGUUUCACAAACCAGAUGUUAUCUUUGAGGAUGGUUUCAUCUGUGACGGUUUCUGUGGAAAAAGUUAAUUCAUUUUGCUAUUUAGGUGAUACCUGUCAUGCAAUGGAGAAAUACAAGGAGGCAAUCGGCCAUUUUAAAUAUGCAUUAACACUAGCAGAGAGUUUAAAGCAUCCUAAGCUUGAAAAUCAAGCUUGUAAAGGCUUAUUUAAGGCUUAUAAAAAGAAUGGGGAGUUUGAAUUUGCAAUUCAGUACUGUGAGCAAAGUUUGGUGUAUUGCCAAAAGCUGCGGGAUCAAAAAUGGCUGGCUUCCGUGUACGGAGAACUGGGCAAUCUUUAUUCGGAAGUUUGUGAGUAUGAUAAAGCUGUGGAAGCCUUAAUGCUUCAAGUGAAGGUGGGAACUGAGUUGGAAAGUAAUGAAAUACUGGCUGAUUCUGCUUCGGAUUUAGGUUUUAUUUAUUAUUCCACUGCAAACUAUGAGAAAGCCCUGGAGUUUCAUUAUUUAGAUUUAGAAAUUUCAAAAAAAAGUAAAAACCAAACUUGCCAAGGCAGGGCUCAUAAAAACCUGGCUCUAACUUACGAAGCAAACAAGAAUUAUGCAGCUUCCAUGUUUCAUUAUGAACAACAUCUGUUUAUUGCUGAGGAACAAAGUGAUACUCUUGCCAAGGUUGAAGCAUUACAUGGGAUAGGAAGGUGUCUUUUAAUGCAAGGAAAUGGAGACUUAUCUCGUGCUAUACUACUUCUACAGCAAUCUAUGCUCAUUGGAAGGGAAUUAAACAUUGAAUGUUUAAUUGCAUCAAUAGCUUGUGACCUUGGUAAAGCAUUGUGGGUCUCUAAUGGUUCAGAAACUGCUACUUCCUAUCUUAAUCAAGCAUUUAUUGCUGGAAAAACUGACUGCUUUAAUAUGUUGGCAAAUGAAGAGAAAAAUUCUGUGGUUUUUCGUGGGAAGAUUUUAAAAACAUACGAGAAACUGCUUCAGUAUGCAUCAGUGUUGUUGUGUAACUUGGUGGAGAAUAACCUAAACUCUGAAGCCUUUCAACUUGCAUGCGAAGUUUCUGCACUCCCUGAAAAAGUGUUUUCACACAAGAAUACUUCACCCCACACCAUAAGUAACUCACUGUUGUUGAAAUCAACACAAAGCAAUGAUGGUGGGAAUAAUUUAACAGCAUUUUUUACUGUUACUGCUGGGACGUUGUUCUAUUGGCUGCUUAAAGAUGGAAAUUUGUGUUUGUCUGGUCAUAAACCACUUUACACUGAAGAUGAUGAUAAUAUACUUGCAAAUUUGAUAUUUAAACUCAGGGAAAACGUUGGUGUUGAAAUUACAAGUGAUGGGAAAUCCCUGGAGGGAAAUAUGUCUAAAGAGAGUUCAUUAUACACUGAAUUGCUACAACUACAUUCAAAGUUCAAUAAUCAGUCGGGUUUUUUAAAAACUGGGAAAGGGUUGAUAUUUAACAGCACUGUAAGGGAUAUCAAGAAGUAUAAUUCUGCUAAGAAUCCAGCGUUCUUAUUGUAUGAAUUACUUUUCAGUGAUAUGGAAAAGGAAAUGACCUCAGCAGUUGAAAAAUCUCCAUUAGCUACAUUCACAUUGCAUAUAGAUGGAGACUUACUUCUCCUCCCAUUUCCACUUCUGAAAAAAAACAAUGGUGAUAAAUUUCUUUAUGAAAAGUUUCAGUUAACAGUGUUGCCAAUUUCUUCAACAAAAACACCUUCUUCAUCUGUUUUCCAAUGUUGCCCAGCUCGCGCUUUAGUAUCGGGAAACUCUGGACUAAAAAUUUCAAGACAUGAUUUUUCACCGGCUGCUGCAGAAGCUGAAACUUCUCUUGUGAGUGAAAUACUUAGAGUUGAGCCAUUAUUAGGAAAUAAUGCAACUCUACAAAAUGUACUGGAAAAACUAAACAGAGAACAAUAUGAAUGUAUUCACUUAGCUUGUCCAUUUUUUACCUUACCCUGUGGGGUGGUGAUGGAAAAAUCCAAAGUUUUGGAAAAAGACCAAACUACAGAAGAUGACCAGUUCGUACUAACAGAUAGAAAUAUACUGAAUGCAAAUCUGACCCAAACAAAACUAGUGGUGUUAGCAUCACCAUAUGGCCUUACCAUCAGUGCCAACAUAUCUAACUGGUCAGCAGCUGUAUUUACAAUCCUACGAACAUUCCUUACAGCUGGGACUAAAGCAAUUCUGUUACCAUUAUGGCCAGUGCCUGAAACAGCUUGCAAGUUGUUCUAUAAAACAUUUUACGGAUAUUUAAUAAAUGGUUGUGACUCUGGCAAGGCUCUGGUCCACUCCAUGAGUAGUUUACGAAACAGUGCACAGUUUCAGCACCCUUCCUUUUGGGCGGGGUUUGCUUUAUUUGGUCAACCUGCAAAAAUUUACCCUCAAGAUUUACCAACAACUUUUGCGCUCACUAAACUACUUCAAGGCAAUCCGUUACAUCUGAAAGACACAAUUAAGCUUUGCUCUCACAUGUUGGGGAAAGCACUGUCGGAAAAAGUUGCUUCCGGUUCCAGUUCCCCUGUCCCAAUAUACACAACACAGGAAAGUGUGGCUGCAAAGGUUCACAACACAGGGGGUUGGAGAGAGUUAUUUUCAGCUGCAGGUUUUCAACUGAGAAACAAGUUAGAAGAUCUUCCGGCUGCUGUUGUGUUUCCACAGUCACAACCACAUGUACAGGAAAGCAAUGAGAGGGUUUUAAAAACUUUGAAACCAUUUGCCAAUCUACCUUGCGCAAUACUUGAGACAUUGGGCCAACUCAUGUUGUCUCCAUAUACAUCACAAGCUAUUCUGUUGUGUAUGAAAGACUUGCUUGCAUCGGUGAAUAAUGGCUUGGCAAAGAACUUCAGUUUCAAUAGAAAGCUAUGGCAGACAGAUGGUUGUUCGCAAAUCUUUCAUUUGCUUGGGUACAAAGUGAUUUCAAUUGAGGAAGAUCAAGUAUUGCUUCACUGUGAUGAACAAUUAUCAAAAACAAAGUUACAAAACACAAUCCAAGCUUUAACUGUGUUGCAGUUGCACACAGAAAAAGUUGAAUCUGUCACUCCUUAAAAACUACUGUGGUUUGAAUUCUACUUAUUUGCAUAAUAUUUUUAAUCCUUUGUUUCUAUUUUAAUUGAUCAAAAUUUCUUCUUUUUUUCUUGCACUGUUUCAUUUUGUACCAUUUUGUUUAUUAUAUACCUCAAGGUGUCCUGUAAACCAUUGUUGCCUUAUAAAGCCAUUUUAUUAUAAAAUGGUGUCUUUUUGAGUUUAAAUAAAACUUGUUUA